AUGGCAGACGCAGCCGUCGAAAAGAAAGACGCCGUACCCGAGGAAGUUACCUCAACUGAAGCGACUAAAGAGUCGCCAGUUAAGAAGUCUCCCGCCAAAAAGGUUGCGGAGCCUGAAAGCAACGGCAAAGAGGAAAAUGGUAGCGGAGAUGCACCUGAGGAAACUCCCGCCGAAAACAGCGACGAAAACUGCGAGGACAGCAAUGAUGCUAUCGAAAACGGAGAUGCAACAGAAAAGAAAGAGGCAGUUGGUGUAAAGAGGAAAUCUGCAGCAACCGACAAUGGCGAUGCAGUAGAAAAGACCACACCUGAGAAGAAGGCGAAAGUAGCAGAUGAAGCUCCACCCGCCGAAGAAGAGGCAGCUGCC